GGACACGUGAGGAAGGAGAAGAGGGAGAAAAAGAAGACGAGGGCUAUGAUUACAACAGCAGUGACGACGAUGACGACGACGACGACGAUAGCUAUGACUAUCCUUUGAAUGGACAAAACCAACAUCAACAAUAUUUUGAUCCCACCAAACUCACUGCAUCGAUUCCGUUGUUACCCUUUGACAAUCAAGUCGGUGGUCAUGCCUCGUUUUUCCGAUUUUCGAAACGAGCGAUUUGCAAAGCUGUUUAGUAAUCCGAUCGACGCUCUUCCUCAUGUGGUUCUUGAAAAGAAUAAGCACCUGUUACGCGACUGGCGCGCUUGUCACGAGGAACGUCGAUUACGGAGGCGUCACUCAUCAGCCUCAUCGCGUCCAUCGGCCUCCUCUCGUCGAUUGCAAGAACAAGUAUUGCGUGAAGUGUUUUCGCCGCAAGCACUAAAAGAACGAUUGCGGCAAGUACACAACUGGCAACAGCAGCAACAGCAGCAGCAAGUAGAAUGUUCGAUAUCACUACCGUUAUCACAUAGUCUCUCAGAUUUGGACAAUGUAUCGCCACUUUCGCCAACAACAGCAGCGACGCCAACAGCGACAGCAGCAACACCACCCACUAUCACAAUUGAUCGGGUAACAGUCAAGCCUAGACGACCUUCAAUCAUCCAAUGCACUACAUCAGCACCACUUACACCAAAGAUGUCCGAUAAAAAACCCAGACGGAACAGCAGGCAGUUGUCGCAUAGCAGUAGUCUUCCCCCUCGCAACAGUAACGACGGUAACAAAACUGAUGACGAUGAUGAUGUGAUUUUCCAAAUGGACGAUGUAGGCCAGUCGUUGCCGAUGGAUACAAGGAGCGAUACCGAACUCAUAAUCGAUCAUCUUGAAAAGGAUAAUCAAGAGGAGUCAGUACCGCCGUCUCCAGAGCCUCGGCCCCUUGCAGCAUCCAACGGCUGGGAAAAGCGCGAGACACCGACGAAUCCCUGGUCGCUGCAGGUGUACAAUCGGGACAUGCAAAAGAUGCGACACCAUCUAAGCGAGCCGACGGUGAAGCAGUAUAUCCUGAUAGAAGACCUGACCGAUGGUGUCAAAUAUCCGUGCGUGCUUGAUUUGAAAAUGGGCACACGGCAGUACGGUGUUCACGCAACCCCGGAAAAAAUGAAAAGCCAGACGCUCAAGUGCGCUCGGUCAACAAGCCAGGCACUGGGUGUUCGCGUAUGCGGAAUGCAGGUGUACAAGACCAACUUCGCCGAGUUCCUGUUUCAGGACAAAUAUUAUGGCCGCAAACUGGAUCCUUUAAAGUUCAGGACCACGCUGGGCGAAUAUCUUGAUAACGGGCAUGGCUGCCAGAUACAUCAUAUACCCAUCAUAUUACGAAAACUAAGGCGACUGGCAGGCAUCAUCCGUUCGCUAGAGGACUAUAGAUUUUAUGCAUCAUCUUUGCUCAUGAUAUACGAUGGCGAUCCAUCCAGUUCCAAGAGAAUUGAUGUUCGUAUCAUCGAUUUUGCUCGAUGCGUUACGCAGGAAGAUGUUCGCCAGCACCGCGAUGAAUUUCCUUUUCCGCCUCGACACAGAGGACCCGAUUAUGGAUAUCUCCUUGGCCUUAAAAGCCUAGCAGCCUGUUUCGAGUGGAUAUACCAGAAGCAUGGAGGAGAUAUUGGUGAUUUAGAUACCAAGGACGAUCAUGUGUUUGAUGAUAUAGGAACUGACGAAAGUCGCAACGUCCAUACAUCAGCAUUCGGUCGAGACCUGUAAAGCCCAGAGCUGUGCUCUACGCCACAUCCCCACCCGCCCAUCUUUACUUUUCCUUUCCACUAUCUUUUAAUUCCCCCCUUCAUAUUAAGGAACACCCUUUCUCUUGUACAAAGUUACACUAAUCUUCCAAUCUUUGUAAUCAUCCCGCUAUAUUUGCCAAGUAGAGGAAAGCAAUUCUUUGUUGAAUCAUGAAAUACA